AUGCCCCGACGCCUGCUCCUACUCCUGCACCCACGCCUGCUCCUACUUCUGCUCCCAAUUCUGACUGUCGUAUCUGGAUGUGGACAAGUGAACCGUGCCAACCGCAUUGUUGGUGGAGUAGAGACGGAGGUGAACGAAUAUCCCUGGAUGGUUUCUCUUGUCAACGGCAAUGGAAACUAUCACUUCUGUGGCGGUUCUAUCAUCUCCAGCCAGUGGGUCGUCACUGCAGCUCACUGUGCAGCUGGCAUGAGCACCUCGGAUUAUGUGUUGGUGGGAGACCACAAUCUGUACUCAUCAAGUGAGGCCAAUUCUCAGAGGAUGCAGAUUGCUGAAAUUGCGAGUCAUCCGUCCUAUGAUUCUAAUACAGUGGACAAUGACAUUGCCCUCAUCAGACUCACCACAGAAAUACAGUUCCCAUCUGACAACAAAAUCGCCCCUGUGUGCCAUCCAACAGCUGGUGAAAUGUAUGAUAAUAUGGAUGCCACAAUCACAGGAUGGGGAGCUCAACAGGAGGGAGGAUCCACAUCCGGCACCUUGUUCGAAGUAACAGUGCCGACCAUGACAAACACAGAAUGCAAUAACAAGCAUGGAGGAAGCAUUACUGACAACAUGAUCUGCGCAGGCAUUUCUGAAGGAGGCAAGGACUCCUGCCAGGGAGACUCUGGUGGACCAAUGGUGGUGGAAGAAAACGGCAAGUGGAAGCUGGUGGGAGUUGUGUCGUGGGGUUAUGGCUGUGCUCGACCUGAUAGGCCCGGAAUCUACGCCAGAGUUACACCAACUAUGAUUUCCAAUCAGUUGUCAGGUCUGGCAUGGAUGGUGUUAGUCGGUGGUAAGUGGCGGCACUCAGUGGUGGUGCCUUCUCGUCGGGCUGUGCUCCUUUCCAUUGGUGUCGAUGGUUCUUAA